AUGGCGGCUUCCAUCCAGUACGAGCGUGACCUUCGCAGCGCAAACCAGGAAUACAAGCGCGGCAAGGAUGCCUCUGUAAAAUGGUCCUUCGGAACCACGGCUUCGCCCUCCUGGUGGAGCUCGAACGCGCCAGAGCCGGAGACCGAGAACUUCAAGGCCCGGCCCCUGGGAAAGUGGAGUGACCAGUUCGGCAAGGAAGAUAAGGACAAGGGCAACAUCAACAAGUACACCCGCACAACAGGCCGCUUGAGGGACAUCCCCUCCAAGCGAGUGCGCUCCAAGGUAUCUGCCCAAGAAGAGAUCGAGGAGGCGGCGAUCACGUCACGGUCGGUCCUAGACUACCUGCCCAGCCCCGUGCGCCGCCAGAACUCGGCCGUAGACAAUGUCCUGUACAGCUUUGACCGCCAGGACUCGCCGGGCAGGCCACUGACCCUCGACAUCUUCGUCAAGAAGGGCGGGCGCGAGACGGAGCGUUUCGUUGAGAAAGAGUAUGAAAUCCUGGACGUCAACGGCGACGCUCUCAAGGGCCGAAAGGCUCGGCGUAACCUGCGACGGGGCGUGACGAACGGGUCGAAACUUGCGGACGACGACAUGCCCGAGAUGGACGAGGACGGGUUCGAGCUCUUGUAA